ACGUCGACACGUAUUUUAAGCGCAGCGAGUCCCUCGACGCCCUGCGCCGUAAGCACCCGUAUGUCCAGGACGGUACAGCUGUCGGAUGGAUGGCGCCGGCGACCAUCAACAUUGCGCGAGGCGUUUGGACGAGCUGCACGCUGUAUCUGCAGGCCAAAGCGACGGCGCUCGACGUCUCCCGUUUGACCGCAGCGUUGGCGACGGCGCCAGCUCUGCAGGCUGUCAGCGUCAUUACCUCGCAGCUCAAGUACACGAUCGAGAUGGAUCCGCCUGAGCAUGUCUUUCACGAUGAUGGCUUUCCCACGUCGCUCGCGCCGGCCGUGUGGCGGGCGCUGCUCCAGUCGCACGUCGUGGACCUGCGCCUCGUCGGUGGUAGCUUCUUAGCGACCUCCGAUGGCGUCAAG